AAUAUAGAUCUACAGUAAUCUACACUCACUGUCACUGUGACUAGAUCACUAAUUUAAACAGUCAAUACAGAUAGUUGAGAUAGUAUUAUAGAUCUAGUCCUAGAAUAAAUAAAAAUAGACCUACAAUUCUACAAUUGCAAUUCUACAAUCAACAGUCUACACUAACUUAAUCUAACUGAUUCAGAAUGGGUGAGAAGCUUAAAGCCUAUCAAACUACCAUAUUAAAACGAGUUGAAUGUGAAAAAAAGGCAUUUGAUAUUGUCAAUAAAUUAAUUGAUGAAACAGUUGAUGGAGACUAUCUUAUUCGAUGUGGUCAUUUGAUUACCAGAGAACAUUACAAUGACAUUGUAGAGGAGAGAGCUAUCACCAUGCUUUGUGGUUAUCCUGUUUGUGGUAAAACAUUAGAAAAUAUUCCAAAAAAGAAGUAUCACAUCUCAACUAUUUCUAACAAAGUCUAUGACAUUUCUGAAAGAAAGAAUUUUUGCAGCAACCAGUGUCUAAAAGCCUCCAAAUAUUUCUGCAAUCAAAUUCCUGAAUCACCAUUAUGGUCUAGAGAAAAGGAGAUAUUGCCUGCAAUGAAACUAAUUCCUUUGGAACUGGACAAAGGUAUUAUUGGUGAAGAAGUAGUUGGAGCAUCUCCUAUAAAGCUUCUUAAAGAAGAACUAUCAAAACUGGAUGAAUUAGAUGCUAAAAUGUCAACCCUCAGUUUAUCGUCAGAAGAACAAAUCAAGCAAGAAAAGAAACAUUUUAAAAAAGAAUGUUCACUUCCUGAUUCUUCUGCAGUUUCAGACAAAAUAAAAGAUGCAUUGUCUUUAAUGGAGAAUUCUGCCGUGUUAAAUGUUACACAUGAUGAAACUAGUGGGGACAUUCAUAAGUCAGUUUCUGAUCGCAAGAAAGUCCAGCAAUUGAUCUCUAAAGAAACCAAUAUUGAUUCAUCAGUUCCUGAAGUCUCUACUGAUCUGUGCUUAAACCCUAACACAACUGCUCAUUCUACAUCAAAAUAUAUAAUACCAACAUUUGAACAGCAAAAGUCAAACAAAGCAAUUACAGAAAAAAUUUCAGCUUCUUCUUCAGUCACUGACCAUCAAAAUCCAGGAGCUAAACUCGAACAGUUACAAAAAAUUUUGUCUAGAAAGAAAGGCAUUUUGUCUGAGAUGAUUGUUGACAUGCAGCCUUCAACAUUUCUGUCUUUACCUGCCAUUGACACAAAUAAAAGAGUAGUCCAUUAUCAGGACUCAGCAACUGCAGAUUUAAAUCAUAAGCAGCUUCAAGAAGAUGGCAAAGAAAAAGUCCAUAAGAAGGAAAAAAAAGUGACUGGUCAACUUAAAAACAUUUUUCAAUUACCUUUGCAACAAAUAACAAAUAGUCUUAAGACAUGGGUUACAAAUGAAACAAGUUCCUAUCUGUUUUCAUCUUCAAGUGGUGAUAACAAUGACAAGUUAAGUUUCUCUGACCCCAAAUUACAACAAGAGUAUGCUCAGCUUUGCAAACGACUAAAUGAUCAAGAAAAGGAUUUUGAUAAUUUAUUACAAGGAGAUGUGGAAAGUGAGGUAAAGGCAAAAGUUCAACUCAAAUCAGUCCCAGAUUACCAAAAGCUAAAGCAAGAAACUGAAUCGUUUCAACUUCAAGUGCUGGAGUUUAUAACUGGAAAAAAACCUGAACCUCAAAAAGAUUCAGAUGAAAUUCAGCAUAGGGAAAUGGCAAACUGUCUGACGCAGGAUGAUAAUACAAAUUCUGUCUACUUGCCAACUAUAGAUUCUUAUGACCAACAACAGAUCAGAAUGAGAAUAGUCUUAUACCAACUGGAUAAAGUAAUGCCAGAUCUUUUAGCACCUUUAUCUCUGCCUCUUCAGCUUAUUUCAUCGUUAAUUAGGGAGCUAGUCUCCACAUUCAAAUUGCAGAAGGACACAAUAGUUUUUAAACCAUCUGAAUGGACACUCAUUGCUAUUUUAAUCUUAAAGAUGUUAUCCAAGAAGUCUAAAUCUAUAUCUGAAGCUUUUUGUCAAGAUGCAGCAUUGAGAUAUUUUUCCAUUUUGUUAAAAGGAAUUGAUCAUACAAUGGAAGAUUUCGACAAAUUAACUGAUGAUAUACUUUCUUGUUGUAAUAAAAUGUUAUAAAUAAAUUCA